UUGAGGAUCUUAUUACUGACGAAUGUGUUUGUUUUUUAUGACCAUGUUUUUCUUUCUGCUUACAUUUUGUAUUUACAUUUCGAUGUGUGUAUUUCCGCGGCCUCCCAGAAGAACUUUAAGCUCGCCAACAUCGCAGACGACUUCCGCUGCAGGGGACGGGCAGUAUCGUCAAGACCACAACUACCAGACGGCAGCCCGACAACAGCCAAGACCCCCGUGUCCGUGCCGUGUGACUACUGCUCUCCAGGGGACACUAGCGAGGCAGGGAAAGGGGAACCUGGGGAUGGAGUGGUGGUAGAGGUAGCGGUCAAGACGUGUCUGAAAUGCGAGGUGUCCAUGUGUCAGGAGCACGUGAAGCCCCACCUGGAGCUKCCUGCGUUUAGGGAGCACCCCCUGACUGAACCCCUGGGGGACCUGAGGAAGAGGAAGUGUCCCGAACACGAUGAGAUGUACCGCUACUACUGCAUGGACGACCGGGUGUGUGUCUGCAACGCCUGUACCAUCGAGGGGAGCCACGCCGGACACACCAUCAAGACCCUGAAGAACACUAUGAAGGAUCUGAAGGGCUCUCUGGAGAACUAGCUACAGAAGGUGGACAGGAAGCUGAACAAAGCAGAGAAAAAUCUCCAGGAACAGAAGGAAAGGUUCCUGGAGGACUCAGACCAGCGGGUCACAGCCUUGGGGGAGGUGUUACAGGUCCACCUGGAGGGCUUCCUCACCUCCCUCAGGGACUGUUCCUGCUCCCACGGGGUCGAUUUCUGCAGGCAGUUGAAGAAGCCUCUGUUCCACCCAGAAUGCGCUUGCGUGGACUCAGACGGCCUGGCCGAGUCCAUGGAGGCUAAACAGGAAGACUUCCUCACUGAAGUACACUUCACGUCCUCUCACCUCAUCAACGAGCUCUACUUCAUUGCAUGCAUUGUAGAACAGCAGAAUAUUACUGCAAAGUCUUCAACCCCACUUCCCGUAGUACCGGGUAAGAGGAGGACAUGCGGAGGAGAGGAGGAGGAGGAGGAUGAAGAUGGUGACGACAGCAGUGAUCGAGAUGAGCAAGAAGAAGCUGAGGAGGAGAUGAGGAGUGAGGAGAGGAGGCUGUACACGACCCAGA